AUGGCCGUAAAGAUGUUGAAUGCUGCUUCGACAGAAGAUUUGAGUGGUGCUAGCUUAAUUGCGAACGUUGGUAGUGCGCGGGAUGAGACGGUAAAGAAGGAAGUAUUUCGCUCAGAGAAUGCCGAUGGUAGCAUCGUGAUUAAGACAGUUCGCACGACUACGCGUACCGAAAUGUCUUCUCAGGGUGAUCUUGUCACUAUAAUAAAUGUUGAGACAAUUACGGAGACCGGUGCGAUAACGAACAGUGGAAAAGAGAAGAUAGAUAAGAGCAUACUAAUGAAUCCUACUACCCAAAUGGGUACCGCAGCAUCAGGUAUUGCUCAAACAAAAGCAGAAAAGGUAAUGGCGCGCGGGACAAAAAAAAUACCCGAAGCGAUCAAAAUAAUCAAAAAUUUGGCAUCUUCUAUAAAACCUAAAGAGAUCAAGGAAGUAACAAAUGCAGGUACUACGGGGACGACCGUGAUCGUCGGUCUCGAUGAUGAGAUUAUGGACAAGGAGCCCAAAUCAGAGAAGAAAUGCAAGCCGAAGCGCCAGCCAUCCUCAGAAACAACCGAGGGAAUGACCGAGGUGACCGAGGUGACGGAAGUGACCACCGAGACUGUUGAAGUACUUGA